AUACUUAAUCGUGAAAGUAAUAGACAUAAUACCAGUCGUCUAUAGGAUAUCACAAAUAAACGUUAUAAUGGAAAACGAAGAGACCAAGAGGUGUGAGAAGCUGUGGAAAGACAACGAUUGGGGUUUUCAUUGUCACGACUGUUCACUGAAUGUGUUGUGCAUUAUAUGCGGCGACUGUUUCGAGAAAUCCAAGCAUUUGGGACACGAGGUCGAGACCAUUGUCUGCGAGUCUGGCGUGUGGUGUGAUUGCGGUAAUGUGUCGGCCAUGAAGAGCACCGGCUUCUGUGCCAAACAUACCGUUCAACACAGCAGUGGUUCCGGAAAA